UGCAGCUGCACGCGAUUUUUGAAAAAGCCAAUCAGGAUGAAACUGCCGGUCCAUCGAAUCCAAUGUUACGAUUUUUCCCCACAAUCUUUUACAUGUCUAUCCAGAUCUGAUUCGUCCUUGAUCGCUGCCGCGAGGUCAGAUGCUACAAUUGAAGUGUAUGAUGAGAGCCGAAAUUUCUUUAUGGUUGCUCGAAUUCCUGGCUCUGUAACGACUUCCGUUGAAUCUCUCAGUUGGUUAGAAUCCCGGUUAUUCUACACAGGGGCCCUGGGUCGGGUGUGUGAAAUUGACCUGGAUUUACUUUCCAUCAAAGAAUCAAUUCCGGUCCUUGGAACCCAUGUUUGUAGAUGUUUACUUGUGUUUUCUGAUUCCAUCUUUGUUGGCAACGAUGCUGGCUUUAUUUGUCACUUUUCGACCGAUCCCCUGGCUAUGAAGCAUACUUUUCCUGUUUUGGCAGGGAAAAUCUUGUCCUUGGCAUGUAAUCCAAAUGAGCUAGUUGCUGCUGGUACCAGUCUUGGUUCUCUUACUAUCUUGUCGUUUUCUGGAAUUCGUUGGACAUUGAUGAGCGAAACCAUACACCUGAAGAUAUGGUCUCUGUUGUUUCUCAACAAUAUCCUCUUCUCGGGUGACAGUCGUGGUGUUGUCAGUGUUUGGGACGUCAACGUUGGUGGCCUGUUGCAAUCAUUUCCGGCGCAUUCUUCUCAUGUGAUGACUCUGGUUGCCUCCAUGGAUAACAAAACCGUUUUCAGUGGGGGAGCAGAUGCGCUGGUUCGGCGAUACGACUGUCGUGUGUCAGAAGACGGACAAGCAUGUUGGGACCUAGCCGGAACCCUUAGGGGGUGUCGCCGAGACAUCCGUGGGUUAGUAUACCUUCCUGGACAGCACUACGAUCCGGGAUCACAAAAGGAGAACUUGGACACUCGUUUUGAGCCUCAUCGUCUGCUGGCUGUCGGGAUGGAUGCUCGUUUACAAGUGCUAGCCUGCGAGCAACCCGAAAAGGGAGUUGAGGCUUUUGCGAACGCGCACCGCACUUUGGCAUGCAUGGUCGGACGACCACGCGAUAGAGUGACGAAAGAUCGACCGCAUGUGGCUGCGUUGCCAUUUUGGCCUGCUUCAUGCAGUUCCACUCGUCCUGAUCCACUUUCUUUCUGCUGUUUCGUCCGAUCCGAUGCUGCUAACAGUCCCGAACGCAGCUUGACGCGCUGGUGUCUCUUCCAUUAUCCUGAUCGACUCUCCUUAGUCCAGCUCGCGCGGCCGGUAGAAUCCAACCAAGGUUACCGGGUGGUUCGUUCGCGUGGAACACAGCGUUUUCUGCGCAUGGCUGAUGGAGUGUUACAAUUAGCUGAAAUUCGCCCUAAAAGGGGAUCGAGUUUGGUAUCCUCGUGUAUUUCGGCGAAUGGUGAACUUAUCGCUUACUCAGACGAGAUUUGCACCCGCAUUCUCAAAGUGACUGUCACACCGGGUAAGGAUUGCGACAAGCCAUCCGUCUUCAUUCACCGUUUGCAAUUUGCCGAAAAAGAGCACUCGCGUUUAUCUUCGGUCCGCUCUCCAUCCGAAUCCAGGUUGUCGGGCUCAAAUCUCACCUCUUCGUCUGAAACUGAUACUGACACGGAUGACUUAUCUGCAUCAGAGAUUGCGAAGUUCUUUGUCAUCAAUCAGUCAACCACAGAAAGUGUUGUGUUCCCGUCACGUGUGAAACCACCCACGAAUGAUUUUUCGCUUCUUUCUACGGAACUUCGCUCACCUUCAGGACUCCCUUCAGCUCGUUGCCUUGUAUUCACUCCUGACUCUUCCCACCUGAUCCUGGCCUCACGAAGUACUGCCGAAUUGCUCUGCGUUUCGGUGCGUACGGGAAAAGUACGAUGGCAGUUAAGUCUAACAUCAGGUACUGGUGAAAAUGUUGUCGUUCAUCGAAUGCUAAUUUGCAGGGAGCGCACUCUGUGUGGCUUUUUACUUGGGCUCGGAUGUUCUGACGGUAGAGUUCACCUUUACUCCGCUGAGAAUGGGCGUUUGUUGUUCAAAACUCCGCGUGUGCCGUCGCCCACCGGUCAUUUUCCGCUUCCGGUUGCAUUGGCUUUCUACCAUCGAAGUCAUCUGCGAUUCCACGUUUCUAUUUUGUACACAAACAGUCAAUUGUCCGAAUGGAGCAUCAUUCUGUCUGCGAGUGAUGAUGACCAGGUGUACAGGGCAGCAGAAGAUGUUCCCGUUCAGGUUGAUGCCGCUCCAAAUAUUUGGCUGUCUAGCCUCUGGUCAGUACUCGGCAGUGAAAUUUCUACCACGCUUGGAAUAAUACACUCCAUGGCUUAUGUGGAUGAAAAUACCUGGUUGCUGGCUUCGGAUCGCUACUUGGCUUUGUUGAUCAGAAACGAGCCUCAUUGCGAUCUGUGCUAUCCCGCCAUUUGCAAUCACUCGACUAAAUCUGGUUUUCCGACGGAGUGGGGAUGUUCACUUGAUUAUCUUGUAUUCACCGAUGCAUGUGCUGCCUAG